AUGGCUGAUGAAAAUAAUGAGAUGAAGGAAGAGGUCAAGGACGAGCAAGAACUCGCACCAUUUGAUCCAACCAAAAAGAAGAAGAAGAAGAAAGUUGUCCUUCAGGAUCCUAUCGAGGACUCAACAGAGGCACAGGCGGAGAAAUCUGAUUCGUUGCCUGCCAAUGAUGGUGUUGAGAGUUCUUUUGCUGGACUGAAGAAAAAGAAGAAGAAGCCGGUUGAAUCAAGCUCAUUGAAUGACGAAAGUGUCGAUGCUGCAGAAGAUUUGAAUGAGAAUGCUAAUGACGAGGAAGAGGUGGAAGGAAUAGAUCUACAGCAGCAGCGUUACCCAUGGGAGGGAAGUGAUAGAGAUUACAUAUACGACGAGCUUCUUGGUAGAGUCUUUAACAUUCUACGUGAAAACAACCCUGAGCUCGCUGGAGAUAGGCGUCGCACUGUUAUGAGGCCUCCUCAGGUUCUUCGUGAGGGGACAAAGAAGACAGUGUUUGUCAACUUUAUGGACCUUUGCAAGACGAUGCAUCGUCAACCAGAUCAUGUUAUGAAUUUCUUGCUUGCUGAGUUGGGUACUAGUGGUUCGCUUGAUGGGCAGCAAAGGUUGGUUGUUAAGGGUAGGUUUGCACCCAAGAACUUUGAAGGGAUUUUGCGGCGAUAUGUCAACGAGUACGUCAUUUGCUUUGGUUGCAAGAGCCCAGACACCAUUCUUUCAAAGGAGAAUCGUCUCUUCUUUUUGCGGUGCGAAAAGUGUGGAUCUGGACGAUCUGUGGCGCAGAUCAAAGCUGGUUUUGUUGCCCGUGUUGGUCGCAGGAAGACCUGA